AUGCCGGCAAGAACUCUUUCAGGCGACGAAACAACACUCAGAAUGGACGAGACAUUGUCCAUUCUCAACCCCAUACCAACCAGACUGGAAGGUCCUGGGCUACUUCACGAACUUAUAUCAGGACCUGAGACUCCCGGCAUUGCCCUUGAAUACUUGGACGCGAGUGAUGAGAAGAGCACAUUAUCUUACGCGGACCUGCACCGGGAAGCAGAACAUCUAGCAUCGCGAAUUACUGAGGUCAACCGCCGAAAUUCACAGAAGACACCUGGAAUUGUGCCCAUUUAUAUUCCGCAAUGUACAUCUUUGUACAUUUCGCAAUUGGCGAUCCUCAAAUCAGGAGCUGCAUUCUGUCCUUUGAAUCUGGAUGUGCCAGAAGACAGACUGAAAUUCAUAUUGCAGGAUACUUCGGCCAGUAUUCUCUUGACGACUACCACCAUGCGUUCAAAACUGCCAGACUUGGAGAACGUUGUUAUUCUUGCUGUGGAUGAUGGAAAGUCGGGACCCAACUCCUCUACCACAUCAGAAACGCUUGAGCAUGAAUUGGCCUGUCCUGAUACUUCCUCGCUCGCCUACAUCAUGUAUACCUCGGGUAGCACUGGUCUGCCGAAAGCGGUCUGUCUGUCACAUCGGGCAGUGACACAAUCUCUCCUGGCACAUAAUAGAUUCAUCCCAGAGUUCUCCAGGUUCCUUCAAUUUGCAAGUCCAACGUUCGACGUCAGUGUAUUUGAGAUCUUCUUCCCAUGGUAUCGUGGAUCUACACUGGUCUCUGUCGAACGCAGCCGCCUGCUUAGUGAUCUUCCUGGAACGAUUACUUCAUUAAACAUAGAUGCUGCAGAACUCACGCCAUCAGUCGCUGCCAGUCUCGUCCGUACGAGGGACAAUGUGCCCACCCUACGGACGCUUCUCACAAUUGGCGAGAUGCUCAACACGCCGGUCAUUCAACAAUUUGGCGGUUCAGACGAACGGCCUGGUAUCUUGUACGGCAUGUACGGUCCCACCGAGGCUGCCAUUCAUUGUACCCUGCAGCCAAAAUUUGCAGCAGAUUUGCCUGCUGGCACCAUCGGUAUCCCCUUGGACACAGUCUCUUGUUUCAUCGUAAAGCCAGCAGAAUCUGCUAAGCACGCUAGCGAGAUUGAGGUCUUGCCGAUAGGCGAGAUUGGUGAGCUCGUUGUGGGCGGAUAUCAGCUAGCGGAUGGCUACCUCAAUCGAGACGAGCAAACCAGAGCAGCUUUUGUAUCUCAUCCAAAGUAUGGUGACCUUUACCGUACGGGUGAUAAAGCUCGCCUCCAUCGUAAUGGCACGUUGGAAUGCCAUGGACGUAUCUCGAGUGGUCAGGUCAAACUGAGAGGUCAGCGCGUCGAGCUAGGAGAGAUUGAGCAUGCCGCAUCAAAGGCUGCUGGGUGUCACGCAGUAGUUGCAAGCGUUAUAUCUGGUCUUCUGAUCCUUUUCUGCAUCGGUGACUCUGACAAACUCGCUCCGGAAGAUAUCAAGAGCGCUUGUCAAAAGUGGCUUCCGGCUUAUAUGCUACCUAACGAUAUCGUCCUACUCGAGGAUUUCCCUUAUCUUCCGUCAGGCAAGGUCGACAAGAAGAAGCUGGAAAGCGAUUACAGUUCGAAGGCCCCAGAGACAUCAGCAGAGCGUUCUGAUGUAUCUGAAAGUGCUAACAAUGUAGCGCGCUCAAUACAAAGCGUGCUUGGCGUUCCCAUUGACCAGAAUACUGAUCUCGGGGCUGCUGGACUGGACUCGCUGAGAGCAAUUCAAGUUGCUUCUGAGCUGCGAAAGCAAGGUUAUGCUGAAAUUAGCGCCCUUGAGCUGCUCUCGGUGUCUAAUGUGCUUGCUCUUGAUCAAUUGCUUCAAACCAAGGCUUCUUCUGAUGGCGUUCGCGAACACGACGCUGGAGAGUGGGAAAGCAUUGUCAGCGAGCUGAGAUCGAAUGUCGAAGCAACGUUCGAAUCUGGAACAGCUGUCGACAGCAUAGAGGAUAUCCUUCCGUGUACGCCACUCCAAGAUGCCAUGCUGGUCGAGACAGCAAGGCAGCCCCAAGCAUAUUGUAACGAGCUCCGAUUCACAGUGGCUUCAGCCAUUCCUUUCGAGAGACUGCGUCAAGCGUUAUAUACGUUAGCCGAGAAACAUGCUGCCUUGAGAUCUGGCUUUUGCGUAUCUGCAAGUUCUCACUGCUCCUACGCUCAAAUUGUAUGGAAGAGUAUGGCUGCCUCACAAGUUGCGCGUGGCGAGUCACAAACCGGCGGAUGGUCUAUCACGGAUAAAGAGACGCUUCUGAGACCACUUCUGUUUCAAUACAGGAAAUCUGAUGCUGGCAUAGAGCUCAUUAUGAACAUUCACCAUGCGCUGUAUGAUCAAUGGUCAGUGGAAGUCAUUCUCGACGAUCUGGACGACUUGUUGCAAGGCAAGGAGAUCCCAGAAAGACCAUCAUUCGGGGCCGUCAACGAGUUCCUCAGCCUUCAGCGAAACGAAGACCAGACAUCACAUCUCGACUUCUGGCGGGAUCAUCUGUCUGGUGCCACUCCCAGCCGCUUACCCAACUUGUCACCAAAAUCGAUACCCUCACAGGCCCUACAAAGCGCUGAGUAUUCCAUCAAGAUGGAUAUGCAAGCACUAAGUGAAGCAGCCCAGACACAUUCUUGCAGUCCACAUGUUUUCUUUCAGGCUGCAUAUGCUGUCCUCCUUGGUUCGUACAUGGGUACAGAGGAUGUAGUAUUUGGUACGGUCUUCUCUGGAAGAACCUUACCUAUUGUCGACGUUGAGAAUAUGGUCGGGCCUCUUUUGUCGACUCUUCCUUCACGGAUCAACACCGUAGAGUGUCGAAGGUUCAUCGAUGCUUUACGUCGCCUCCAAGGUGAUAAUCGAGAUAUCAUGCAGCACAGUACGACUUCCCUCGCAGAUAUCAAGAAGACCUGCGGAGUAAACCCAGGCGAAGCUCUCUUUGACAGCAUUUUCGUAUGGCAGGAGACUGCUCGGUCGAACUCACGAGCUCAACCUCUGCUAAAACUAGUGGAGGCACAUGACUAUCUGGAGUUCAACCUGACACUGGAGCUCGAACCUACUCAGCAUGGCGUGAACGCCAAGGCCACAUACCAAUCGAGCCUUCUACCUAGACAGCAUGUCGAGAUCUUGUUGCAACAGCUUGACGCUCUGGUCAAAAUCGUGGUAGCACGACCUGACACCCUCAUGAAUAAGCUCAGCAGUCAGCUUCCUACCUCAGUAUUGUCAGUCGCAAACCCCGAUCCGCAAUUCUUCACAUACAAGGCAGGACUUGGAUCUCUUGUUGAAACUCAUGCUCUCGAAAUGGCCGAUGAUUUGGCUUUGGUCUUCGCGCAGGAUAUUCGCAAGGGGAGCUCGACCGUCGAGAGUUUGACAUACGGUGAGCUCAACACUCAAGCAAAUCAGCUAGCCAACCAUCUUGUCUCGCAAGGUGCUAAGCCCAACGAGCUUGUCUGCAUCUGCAUGGAGAAAUCUGUCGCCCUAUAUGUUUCCAUUCUUGCUGCCGUCAAAGCAGGCUGUGGUUACCUGCCUCUAGUCCCUGAGACACCACCAGCUCGUAUCAGCCAAAUUCUUGAAGAUGCGAACGUGCGAUUCUGCUUGACCGACUUCUCAACAACACAGAUGAUUUCUGGUUUGAGCAGUUGCCAUGUAAUUGAUACCACUGCUACCGAUUUCUCCAAACAAUCACACUCAAGUCCUCAGCUUGCAUUCGAGCCCACAGACAUUGCUUACGCAGUCUUCACCAGCGGCACUACAGGCAAGCCUAAAGGAGUCCUGGUAACCCAAGAGAACAUACUUAGCAACCUUGAGGUCUUGAGCAAGAUUUAUCCCGUCCCUAAGGGAUCCAGAUUACUUCAAGCCUGUAAUCAAGCGUUCGAUGUCAGCGUGUUCGAGAUCUUCUUCACCUGGUACACCGGCAUGUGCCUAUGCUCGGCAUCCAAGGACGUUUUGUUCCGUGACCUUGAGAACGCCAUCAACGAACUCGGCAUUACACAUCUUUCCAUGACACCGACUGUAGCGGCAUUGACGAAUCCAGCUCACAUACCGAAAGUACAGUUUCUUGUCACUGCUGGAGAGGCUGUCACGCAUCAGGUUCACAAUGCCUGGGCUGGCAAAGGGCUUUACCAAGGCUACGGCCCAUCUGAGACAACCAACAUCUGUACGGUAAACCCAGCAGUUGAACAUGAUCAUGUCAUCAACAAUAUCGGUCCACCAUUUGUGAACACAUCUGCGUUCGUGUUGACGCAAGACUCUGACUUCCGGAUGGUCCCUCUUGGCGGCCUUGGUGAACUUUGCUUUGGUGGCCAGCAGGUGUUCCGUGGCUACCAAAACAUGCCCGAGCUCACAGAUAGCAAAAUCAUCAACCAUCCAAGCUAUGGCCGCAUUUAUCGUAGUGGAGAUCUUGGCCGGCUGCUGCCUGACGGAACUAUCUUGAUUCAGGGUCGCACUGAUGAUCAAAGAAAGAUUCGUGGGCAAAGAAUCGAGCUUGGUGAAAUCUCUGGAUGCCUACUGCAAGUCGAAAAUGUGCAGGACUGCGCGAUUGAAAUUGUCAAAUCUGCCGACAACGAACGUUUGAUGGCCUUCUGGAUCCCGAGUGGUCAUUCCAAGGAUACGUACUCAAUCCUACAGCCAGAUGACUCGUUGAAGAAGAGCAUAGCCACGAUUUUUGCACACCUCAUCGAGCAUCUACCAGUUUACAUGAUUCCCGACGUGUUGGUACCUGUCUCGGCUAUUCCUCAAACCUUACAAGGCAAGAUUGACAGAAGGCGACUCGCCAAUGACGCCUCAGAACUCGGUGUAGAUGUCCUAAGCGCAUACUCUCAGAGCUUUGACGACGAGAGCGACGCUAGUGAGCUCUCUGCGACCGAGAAACAGGUGCUCUCAGCACUUGCCGACACGUUGCGCGCGCCAUCUACCUCAAUUGGCCGUUCUACCUCUUUCUUUGCAUUGGGACUCGAUUCCGUAUCAGCAAUCCGUUUUGCAACGAAGCUGAGGAGUGAGUACGGCUAUGAACUUGACGUAUCUCGAAUCCUGAAGAGGCCUACUGUUGCCAAGCUAGCUUCUCAUCUCCAGGAGUCACAGCCAAAAGGUGAAGAGCAGAAUACCGAACAUGCUUCAGUGGACUGUGAGACAGCCAUUGGCUCUGACCUUCGUGAGAGUGUGGUAUCUCAACUCCGUGAACAUGGUCAAACUGCUCAACAGGUACUUCCAUGCACACCUUUGCAAGAGGCAAUGCUAUCCGCAAAGGAUACAUCAGGAUCUUCAGCGUACAGAAAUAAGACGUUGUUCCGUCUCCACGGUUCAGUUGAUAAACUGAAAUCGUGUUGGGACACCAUGUUGCAAAGGCAUGAUAUCCUGAGGACGACUUUUCUUACGACUGAAAACUCAAAGUUCCCCUUCGUGCAAGCUGUACUCUCAGAAUGGACGUUGCCGUGGGAAGAGUGUGACACCGUGCCCGAUGAUCCCUCAGCCUUGCUUGAGUCUACACAAACUCAUGAGGACCCUCUCCACGAAACAUUGCCACCUUGGAAGAUCCGGGUCUACAGGGCAGACUCCGCCGUCUACCUUGUACUCGACAUGCAUCAUGCUCUCUACGACGCCAAUGCGAUGUCUAACCUUUUGCACGAUGUCGAACAGUCAUACAAAGACCAGUCGCUUCCUGCUCCAGUCGCAUUCAAGCCUUUCCUGGACUUCAUGGUUUCUUCGAGUGUGGAACAGGCAGAUAAGUUCUUUGGGGAUCAUCUGCAAGGAUUUAUUCCAAAGCCUUUCAAUACUUCAACCGACGGUAGAUCAAGAGAAGGCUUCGACACGAUCACUGACAGGCUUGACAUCUCCCGUGAUGCAGUGGAAAGUUUCCUGACAAAGCACUCGACAACCAUGCUAAGUCUGAUCCAAGCAACGUGGGCGAAGACAUUGUCUGCUUCGCAAGGUUGCUCGGAUAUCUGCUUUGGCAAUGUUGUCAGUGGACGUAGCGUGCCUGUCGAUGGUAUCGAGUCUUUGGUUGCACCAUGCUUCAAUACCAUUCCUCUUCGCGCAGAUCUGUCGAAGCAUAAAAGCAAUUUGAGCCUCAUCAAAGCUCUCCAGAAAAGCAAUAUUGAGAGUCUGCCAUACCAACUCACUGCUUUGCGUCGCAUCCAAGCACAAGCUGGUACCAACGGACAGCGAUUGUUCGAUUCUCUUGUCCUCCUGCAGCAGACUUCGACAGAUCUUGAUGCAGACUUAUGGACUCUUGAGGGGGAAACGGGAGUUAUGGAUUUCCCUUGCAUUGUCGAAUUCACGCCGACUAGCGAAUCAUAUACCUUUUCCUUGCAUUUCAAUCGGAGUUAUCUGGACGAUGAACUUGUCGCCAGUCUUCAUCAAGCGUGUUUGUCUGCAUUUGCAUCUUGCGUAAAAUACCCUUCUAGCGACAUUUCUGACUUUAUCGAUUUCGACAAAAAUCUGGUGGCUAGCAGUUUGAAGCCAGACGAGGAGUACAUGCAGUCUUUAGAGGCUGUUCAGCAGAAAGGAAAAACCAAUUCUGGACGCUCCAGUAACGAGUCUUGGUCGAAACUUGAGCUGCAAGUUCGUGCGGCUUUCUCUGCUGUAUCAUCUGCUCCUGAGGACCAGAUCUCAAGGGACACAACAAUCUACAAGCUUGGCUUGGACAGCAUUAGUGCGAUCCAACUUGCGAACCGGCUUCGUAAAGAAGGACUCCCAGUACAAGCCAGCGACGUAAUGGAGGGCCCAUCAUGCUCUCAGUUGGCAUCAGCUGUUCAGACUCGAUCCCACACUCCAACUUCCGACACACCUGCAUUUGACUUUGAUGCGUUCGACAAACGCUAUCGCCAUGUUGCACUAGACGCUCAUCAGGUUCUCUCUGAUAGAGUUUCUGCCAUUAGACCUUGCACGCCUUUGCAAUCUGGCAUGCUGAGUGAAUACACACACUCUGGUGGGCAUCAGUACUUCAACCAUACUUUCUAUGCAGUAGAGACAGACAUCGAUGCCCAGAAGCUUGGCCUUGCGUGGUCUAAGGUUCUCGAGCAACAUGAAAUCUUGCGAACCGGGUUCAUUGAUACUGACGACCAUGAGCAUCCUUUUGUCAUGCUGACUUAUGAUAAGUUUGAUGUCACUGAACUAGAGAUUCAGGCUUCUUCGGCAGACAAGUCAACGUUUGAGAAGCAGGAACGAACGGCCGCAGACUCUGUUAAGGAUAGCCUCUCUCUACCUCCCUGGAGAUGGAGUUUACUUGAGGUUGAAGGCAAACGAUGUCUGCAGUUCUCUGCACAUCACGCCAUCUUCGACGCAGAGAGUCUUCGCUUGAUUAUGACCGAUCUUCAGUCUGCUCUCUCCAAUGGCUCUGUCGCUGUAAGACAGUCAAUUGAGAGCGCCCUGAGUCACAUCCUGUCGAGCAGUCAGACUGACAUGGAUGAACAACGUGCCUUCUGGUCGCAAAAACUCAGCGGUGCUCCGGUCACUCGCAUGCCCAAUUUGACACCGCUCAGAGCCUCGAGCACAGAAGCAGUUAAUGUCGAGUUGGUCUUUGGGAUCCAGCGCGAUGAGCUAGAAGCCCGCUGUCGGGAUCUUGGUGUUUCAAUGCAAUCAGUUGGCCAAGCCGCCUGGGCCCGACUGUUGAGCGCAUAUACCGGAGAAUCACAAGUGACGUUCGGAGUGGUCUUCUCUGGCCGCACCGCUCCCGUGACAAUGGACGCUGCUUUCCCGUGCAUCACAACCCUCCCUGUCUCCAGCAAUACUGCAGUAGAGGACACGCAACUUCUUCAAGAUUUGAUGUCAUACAAUGCCAGCAUUCAGAAGUAUCAGUUCACGCCGUUGACUAGAAUUCAGAAGUUCGCGGAACUGCCGAGCGAGGCCUUGUUCGACUCUCUCUUUGUUUACCAAAGGCCUAUCAACGACGAUGCUCCCGAUUUCUCGUGGAAGAUCAUACGCGAGAAGGCUUCGGUCGAACUUGCUGUUUCCCUUGAGAUGGAAGCACUCAGUGAAAAUCGCCUUGGUCUUCGGCUGACGAUCGACCCUACUCAAAUACCUCUGGAGCAAGGUAAUAUCAUAUUGCAACAGAUGGAAUCUAUCGUUGCCAAUCUCUUGAAGUUCGAAGACACACUCGAUAAGUCGGUACUGUCUAUCGUUCCUCCAAAAGACUCUAUCAUUCCGACGGCCUUCCAAUAUCUACACGAAAUGACUGAGGCUUCGGUCAGAGACCAUCCAGACCGCAUCGCCAUGGAAUUUGUAGACGAUCUGGAAGACGGCCAGAUCUCAAGUCGACGCUGGACCUUCCGCCAACUGGAUGAGGAGGCCAACAAGAUUGCGCAUCUCCUAGUUGAUCGAGGUGCCAAACCUGGUGACAUCAUUGCGACUUCAUUCGACAAAUGUCCAGAAGCAUCAUUUGCAUUCUACGGUAUCCUCAAGGCUGGCUGUGCCUUCUGUGCCAUCGACCCUACAGCGCCUGCGGCCCGCAAAGCUUUCAUCUUACAAGACUCGAAGGCUCGAGUCCUACUGACAUCUGAGUCGAUCCGCUCAGAACUGGUAGACUCAACCCAGUGCGAUCUUGUCGACCUGAUCAACUUGGCAGAGAAAGACAAAUUGUCAUCUUCAGCGGUUCAAGUCAAGUAUCUGUCCCCUUCUUCUGUCAGCUAUGUCUUGUACACUUCUGGAACUACGGGUACACCGAAAGGAUGUGAACUCACCCAUGAUAACGCUGUUCAAUUGGUCAUGGCCUUCAAACGCUUGUUCAAGGGAAGGUGGACAGACGAGUCUCGCUGGCUACAGUUUGCCUCAUAUCACUUCGACGUAUCGGUCUUGGAGCAGUUCUGGACAUGGAUCGUCGGCAUGCGUCUGGUGUGUGCUCCUCGAGAUCUGAUCUUGGAAGACAUUGCGGGCUUUAUCGAUACCAUGCAGAUCACUCACCUUGAUUUGACACCAUCUCUUGGUAGACUCCUUGAUCCUGCCUUGGUUCCUAGCCUGCACAAGGGUGUCUUCAUCACUGGUGGAGAAGCGCUCAAGCAAGACCAGAUCAAUACUUGGGGUGAAGUCGGUUGUCUCUUCAACUUCUACGGACCUACAGAGUGCACGAUCGGUGUUACCGUCUUCCCUUCUGUUCCCAAAGAGGGAAAGCCUUCCAAUAUCGGCUGGCAAUUCGACAACGUUGGCUCCUACGUCUUGGCGCCUGGCUCGCAGACUCCUGUAUUGCGAGGUGCUGUCGGUGAACUCUGUAUAUCCGGAAAGCUUGUAGGAAAAGGCUAUCUGAAUCGUCCCGAGCUUACUGCAGAUUGCUUCCCCUACUUGGAUGCUUUCGGCGAGCGAGUCUACAGAACCGGCGAUCUUGUUCGUCUCUUCCACGACGGAUCGAUUGACUUCCUGGGACGCAAAGACAACCAAGUCAAGCUCAGAGGACAGAGACUCGAGAUUGAUGAGAUUGAAGCAGUGAUCAAGGGUUGUCAAGACAUUCAAGACACCGUCUGUGUUGUCGCAAAACACCCGAAACAGCAGAAAGAUCAGCUUAUUGCUUUCAUUGGUAUCAACGAGUCCAGGAAACAAGGCAAGCCAGAGCUGUGUCCUGCAGAGUCAACCAAACAUCUUAUCCAAGCAGCACGCACUGCAUGCGAAGACCGCUUGCCUGGAUAUAUGGUUCCAACACACUUCCUACCAAUCGAGCGAAUUCCUUUGUCUGUGAACAACAAAGUGGAAGAGAAGCUUCUUCGUCAACUUUACGCUGACUUGCCCACUACCGCCAUCCAGAGUUAUGCCACUCAAUCAGACGAUCAACAGUCUCUCAGCGAAGCAGAGCAAAAGAUUGCUCGAGUCCUUGCCGAGCUUCUCAAGAUCGAUGAGAAUGACCUCAGGCCUUCGUCCAACAUCUUCACUCUCGGACUCAGUUCCAUCUCAGCUAUUCAGUUCACCAGGAAGCUCAAGACAAAUGGCUUCAAGAACGCGCAAGUAGCGACCGUCCUCAAGAAUUCAACUAUCGCUAGGUUGACGAAAGCGCUCGCUGCAACUACAGAUGCGUCAGCUGGCGAAAUUUCUGAUGCCAAACAAGUCAUCUCUGCCUGUCGACAGAGGCAUUUGGGUACGGUCACUCGUGUUCUUCGUUGCAAAGUGGACGAUGUUGAAGCCAUUGCACCGUGUACACCCUUGCAGCAAGGUAUCAUCUCAAGAUCUUUGGCCAGUGAUUCUGCGCUCUAUUUCAACAGCUUCAAGUAUAAGGCUCAAGGAGUGGAUCUGCAGAGACUCGAGAAAGCCUUCAAUCAGGCCAUGGAACGGACACAGAUCUUGCGUACCUUCUUCGUUGAGACCGAUGACGGAUAUGUACAAGCUGUAAGGAAGACGGGUCAUCUUCCAUGGUGGACACUCGAAGUCUACGAUCUUGCCACUGUGGAUAGCGUCUUCGCUAAGCGUAAACAGAAAUGGCGCUCGUACAACACGUCUCACUUGACAGUACCUUUUGAGAUUGUGGUUGUGCAGUCUGGCUCAGACAGCUUUGUAUCUGUCGACCUGCAUCACGCGCUCUACGAUGGCAAUUCUUUCGACAUGUUGAUGGACAACGUCUCCAAGCUUUACGCUUCUGAAGAAGCCGAGUUCGGCAAGCCUUUCGUUGGUUGCCUGCCCUUCGGUCCUCUGCGCAACGUGCAAGGCGCGAAACAGUUCUGGGUGGACCAUCUCCAAGACAUUGUGCCUACAGCGAUGCCUUCACUUGUCGAGAGUGGGUCGGGUCAAGACGCACUUUAUACAGCCAGCCUUGAAAUAUUGUCGCAAGCAGAUGAGCUGCGUCGCUCUCUGGGCGUGACAGUUCAAGCUUUGGUUCAAGCAAGUUGGAUCGUUACUCUGCGAAAGCAUUAUCAAGGUGCUGUUGGUACAGUCGUUUCUGGGCGCUCCAUUGACUUCGACGGCAUUGAGAAGGUCAUCGGACCUUUGUUCAACACCAUUCCCUUCUACCUGAGAUGUGAGCCAGGAGACACAUGGCAAACUCUUGUUCAGAGAUGUCAUGACUUCAACACGAAUGCUCUGCCAUAUCAACAUACACCCCUUCGCGAUAUCACGAAGUGGUGCAAUAAAGGACGGUCAGAGCCGCUCUUCGACGCGUUGCUUGUAUAUCAAGGUGUCCUUGACGACUCCGACACUAACAACUCGAUCCUCAAGCCUUUGUCGGACGACGCUUUCGAAGCCGAUUACCCAUUGUCAUUCGAGGCGGAGGAGGCUACCAAUGGAGAGCUGAAAAUCUCUCUGGCUGCCAAAGCCUCAAUUUGCGACGAGACGAAGGCUCGGGAAUUGAUCGAUGAGUUCCACCAAGCCUUCUUGGCAAUGGUCAAGUCUCCUGAGGAUGACGCUGCUGCUAGUCUUGGCCGUACUUUCGAUCCGCUUCCUAAAAGUGCAGACAAGAAGGGACACAAAGUCCAAACCAACGGCACACGCAAUUUCGAUUGGAGUCCCGAAGCUUCCAUUAUCCGCUCGGAGAUGGCCAACCUGGCUGGUGUGCAGGAGGUUGAGGUUGAUGAACAUACUUCCAUUUUCGAAAUCGGGCUGGACAGUGUAGACGCUGUAAAGCUCUCAUCGCGUUUCAAGAAGAAGAGUGUCGCUCUGCCUGUCAGCACUAUCAUGCGAUCACAAACAAUCGCGCAGAUGGUCUCGAGAUUGACCAACAGCAAGAAUGACAACUCGAAAACCAAGUCUGAGGGCGCCUUCCAAGCUCUUGAAAGCAAGCUUACCUCAUACGCAAACAGCAGUAUGAAGAACUUGGAGCGCGUUCUUCCAGCCAGCCCGAUGCAGGAAGCGUUGGUCUCAGAGAUGAUCAAAUCGUCCUACAAAGCCUACUUCAAUCAUGACGUCUUGAAGAUCUCGAAGAACGUAGACCGUGAGAGACUCGAGAAGGCGUGGCAAACAGUGAUCGGAGCCUCUCCAAUCCUCCGAACUGGUUUCCUUGAGAUUGAUGAUCCAGACUUGGAUGCCACGUUCGCUCAGGUUGUCCACAAGCCCGAAAUUUUGAGCUUGGAGUCUAUCAAACUGUCAAGUGAAGAUGCAAUCGACGAGCAUCUGACGCAGAUCAGCUCCAGCGUAUCAUCAGCCGCUUUGUCCGAACCUCAGCUGCGUUUGACACGGGUCUCCACUCCUGAUAGUGACUACAUUGUACUAUCGAUUGCUCAUGCUCUCUACGACGGUCACAGUCUUUCGCUGCUUCACCAAGACAUCUCGAAGGCUUACAGUGACACGUUUGAACCUCGUCCGUUCUAUGCUGAGAUCUUGGAAGACACUUUCGAUGGUAGCGAUGAGGAGGCUGUCACGUUCUGGCGCAGCCUUUUGACCGAUGCAAAGAAGACUCAGCUUCCACAGAACCAAAAUGUUGAAACAGUCACUCACCGCGUAGAGAAGAUGAGUCACAUUUCCGCCAACGACCUUUCAUCAUUCUGCAAGCAGCAAGGAGUAACUCUGCAAGCCGUGUGUCAGACAGCGUGGGCAUUUGUACUCGCUCAUACUGUACAAUCUCUGGAUGUUAUGUUUGGUGUUGUCUUGGCUGGUCGUGACAGCGAACUUGCCGAGCAAGUCAUGUUCCCGAUGAUGAACACAGUCAUCAUGCGAUCUGUGCUGCAUGGAACCAGAAAAGAUGUGCUUCAAAGCAUACAAGCGACUAUUUCUGAUAUCGCCAACCAUCAGCACUUCCCGCUACGUCAGAUUCAGGCUGCCUGUCAAGGACAAGUUCAAUCCAACGAAACUGAUGCUUUCUUCGACACGCUCUUCACCUUCCAGAGACGUCCAGAUGGCGACGAUACCGAGAUGCAAACACUCUAUGAAUCUGUCAAUGGAGCCUCUGAGGUUGAUUAUCCUGUAGCUGUUGAGGCUGAAGUUGUCAGUGACUCACUGAUCUGGCGUGCUGCUUGCAAGAGCAACGCACUUGACGAAGGCGGUGUCAACGGCCUUCUCAGCACUCUCGAUAGUGUCUUACAGGCCAUUGUCGACAAGCCGUAUGAGCCUACUCUGACAUUCCAAGGUCAAGAAGUAAGUGUCUGUAACCUAUCUGCUUUCAGACAAGUGGAAGCUGCCGCAGACCAGACAACAGACGCUAGCAAGGAGGUCGUCGAGAAUGAAGACAACUGGUCAGAGACUGAAUCCGUAGUGCGGGAAGCUAUCGCAAAGGUCACAAAGACACCGGAAUCCGAGAUCUCAAAGACUGCGUCUAUCCAGAACUUGGGCGUCGACUCAAUCAACGCUAUCAAGAUCUCGGCUUUGCUGCGGAAGAAGGCCGUCAGAAUCACAGUCAGUGAGAUUGUACGCGCUGGAUCGAUUUCAAAGAUUGCAUUCGUGGCACAAGACAAGAGCACCAAGAAGACGGCCAAGACUCAAGAUGACACUGCUGAUAAGGCAACUGCCGAUGUUAUGACACAGAAAGGUUUCGCACCUGAUCAAUUCGGCUUUGAAGAACAACAGAUCGAGCAGAUUCUCCCUGCGACUGCUGGUCAAAGUUACAUGUUAGGCGCAUGGCAAGCUACUGACGGACAACUCUUCUAUGGAGAGUUUGAGUAUGUCACUACUGUGUCGACCGCCAUGGACAGCAUCAAGCAGGCAUGGCAGAAACUCGUAGCCAACAACGCAGUGUUGCGCACAGUCUUUGUCGCAACUCAAGACAAUGAGAUGCCUUUCUUGCAACUCGUGUUGCGGGAUGGUCCUGUUUCAUUCGUGGACCUGGACAACGAGGAGAAGCCGUCAUCAGCCUUGAAGCAGCCAUUCGUUCGUCUGACUGCACAAAAAGCAGACGAUACUCACAAACUCUGCCUCAAGAUCCAUCACGCACUGUACGAUGCUGUGAGUUUGUCUUUGCUGAGCCAAGAGCUUGGUACUUAUCUGCAAGACUCUGCUGCGACACAGAAGUCUUCUGUCACUUUUGCUGACUUCAUUGCUCCAUCACUUGAUACGGAUGCCAAAACUGCAAGGAAGACAUUCUGGACCGAUUAUCUUCAAGGCGCACAACAACCACAUCUCGAGUCUGACCUUUCGCCGUCAGCCCGCCACAUUGAGGUCUAUGACCCUCGUGCCAUGUCCGAUAUGCCCAAAUUUGAGAACGAAUUAAGAAAACAAGGGCUCAGUGUCCAGUCUGUAUUCUUCGCAGCUUACGCAAGAGCCUACAGCUACAACACCGAUCCCACAGCCGAGGACGUGAUCAUAGGCAUCUACUUAGCCAACCGCUCGCAUCUGGAAGAUCUGUCCAGCCUAGCAGCACCAACGUUGAACCUCGUUCCUUUACGUGUACGCUCGCCGACAAAGACAUCUCUUGCUGAACUCGCAAAACAGAUCCAGAAGGAUCUGCAGCUCAUCGGCAAUUCAGAGAAUAGCAGUGUCGGAUUGUGGGAGAUCGAGGCAUGGACGGGAAUUACAGUGGACACGUUCGUCAACUUCGUGAAGGUGCCCGAUAAUGACGACGACGCUGCCAAAAAGCAGGCCGUCGUUAUGGAUGAAGAGGCAGAAGAACAUCGCACUGAGAAGCGAAGUCAUGUGUCUGAUGCCACUGCUAACGACUUUGUCGUGCCAAAGGAGCUGCAACGCGAGGAUCUGAAGAGGACGUACAAGGUAAGUCACCAACAUCCAAGAUCGCUGAACGCGCUUACUGACAUUGGACAGCGAUCACUGGAUAUUGAGGCAACUGUCGCUGAUGGUGCGCUUGGCAUUGGUGUGUUUGGAUGGGAAGACAUGAUGGACGUAGAGCAAGCUGAAGGCUUGAUCGAAGAGCUGAAGAUCGAGAUUGGAGGAUUGCUCGAGAACUAA